AUGAGAUACUAAUUCCAAAUAUGGAUGAAAUAGUACCAAGAUGGGGCCAAUCAAGACGAAGUAAGAUCAGUGUUACUCAAGACCAUCAUUAUCGUGUUGACACCUUUUAUGUAGCUCUUGAUGCUAUAAACACAGAGAUGACUCAUCGUUUCAGUGAGCUAUCUUCAGAGUUGCUUAUAUGUUUUUCUUGUCUUGAUCCAAGAGAUAGUUUCUCAAAAUUUGAUGUGCACAAGAUUGCUAGACUUACGGAGAUAUAUGACAUAGAUUUCUCCAUCAGCGAUCGUGCAGUUAUAAAAGAUCAACUUGAAACAUUCAUUCUUCAUGUUCGAAGAGUUGAAGAUUUUAUUGGUUGUCAUGAUCUUGCAAGUCUAGCAACGAAAAUGGUACAAACCCAAAGACAUAUUGUGUUUCCAUUGGUGUACCACCUUAUUGAGUUAGCAUUGGUACUACCAGUUGCAACAGCAUCUGUUGAAAGAGUCUUCUCGGCCAUGAACAUCAUCAAGACUGAUUUGCGCAACAGGAUAUGCGAUGAUUGGCUCAAUGACUUGAUGUUGUGUUAUAUUGAGCGGGAUUUAUUCAGAAGACUAGAUUCUAAUGCCAUUAAGAACCGGUUUCAAAACAUGAAAAUAAGGAAGAUGAAUUUGCCUAAGCCUUCUAGUUCUAGACAUAAUUAG